AUGGCAUCUUCUGUCGAAGUUGAAGGCUCGUGGUCAACUCAGGAAGAUAUUACGUUGUGUCAGUCUUGGGUGAACGUUAGUCAUGACCCUAUCACGGGCAAUGAGAUGAAGUUCCAUCAUAUGUGGAGCAAAAUUCAUGGAGAAUUUUGUCAAAGACCGGGUUCCAUUCGGACCGAAAUGGCCUUAUCUAGUAGAUGUAAACUUCUGAAUAAAGAGUUAGGGAAAUGGAGAAAUGCCUUGACAAAAGCAAGGGAGAACAUUCGAAGCGGUCAAAAUUUUACCGAUGAGGGGCAAGGCAAAAAAAGUUUCGUGCAUUUCCAAUGUUGGGAAGUUGUGAAGGAUUGUUUGAGAUUCAAAAUUAUUCCCAUCGGUCCGCCGGUUGUGUUGAAUGAGAUGCCGCUCCACGAUUCGCCAUCAACCGAUUCGCCAUUGGACUCCCUAAUGGAAACGGAGUCACCACUCCCACGUCCGCCGAGACUUAUUAGGAGAAAGGCGGCAAAGGCCAAGAGAGGGGGCACUUCGAACAAUGAAUGUGUACAAUUAUUAGAGCAAAUAGCUAAGAACACCUCACUAAGAAUUGAGAGAGACUUGAAAAGAGAUGAAGCGGACAUGGCACGAGAGGAAGCAUUUGUUAUUCAACAGCAGUAG